GACUUUCAGCCUUGUUUAAACAUUAAACUCGUGUAAUCGGGGUUUAAACUCUUUUAUUUAUGAGAAAUAACAACAGACUCACACAUUUAGAGCAAGUUUAAUGUCGGAGCAGAAGAACCAGAAUACACGGAGAUGGUGGCUGGAACUGCGUCGCUCUUCUUGUUGUUUUCUGUCUUCAUGAGUGCUUCAGGAGGUCAGAGAUUCAGGAGUCGUAGGAGAGUUGCAGACGAAAUCAUCACAGCUGAGUCUGGACAGGACGUCACUCUGACAUGUCGACCUCCAAACAACAACAUCCACAUUGUAGAGUGGAGCAGAGAUGACCUGAGAGAUGAAUAUGUCAUUGUGUACCGGAAUGGUCACUUUCUUACAGAUGACCAGCAUCCAUCUUUUAAGAACCGGGUGGAUCUGCAGGACAGACAGAUGAAGGAUGGAGACGUGUCUUUGAUUCUGAAGGAUGUGACGAUUAAUGAUGCUGGAACAUACGAGUGUGGUGUCUUCAUGGCAGAAAGACAGUCACUGAAGCUCAGCAUCAUCCACCUGAUUGUUGAUCCUCCAGAGCUGAAAAUCAUCCCAGCUGAGUCUGGACAGGACGUCACUCUGACAUGUCGAGCUCCAAACAACAACAUCAGAGUUGUAAAGUGGAGCAGAGCUGACCUGGGAGAUGAAAAUGUCCUUUUGUACCAGGAUGGUCACUUUGAUCCAACACACCAGCAUCCAUCUUUUAAGAACCGGGUGGAUCUGCAUGACAGUUGGAUGAAGGAUGGAGACGCGUCUUUGAUUCUGAAGGAUGUGACUAUUAAUGACACUGGAACAUAUGAGUGUCUUGUGGCUCAAAAUUCAAAUGAACGCAUGGAGGUCAUGAGUCGUAUCAGCCUGAGAGUAACAGACAAAAUCAUUAUAGCUGAGUCUGGACAGGACGUCACUCUGCCAUUUCGAGCUCCAAACAACAACAUCAUAGUUGUAGAGUGGAGCAGAACUGACCUGGAGCCAGAUCAUGUUUUUCUCUAUCAGGAUGGUCACUUUGGACCAAACAACCAAUAUUUUAAGAACCGGGUGGAUCUGCAGGACAGACAGAUGAAGGAUGGAGACGUGUCUCUGAUUCUGAAGGAUGUGACGAUUAAUGACACUGGAACAUAUGAGUGUGAUGUCUAGAUGAAUGAAACUCUCUUAUGGGAAGGCCACUCCAUCUACCUUUGUGUUUUUCCUCCCCCAGACCAGAAAACCAUCACAGCUGAGUCUGGACAGGACGUCACUCUGACAUGUCGACCUCCAAACAACAACAUCAUAGUUUUAGAGUGGAGAAGAGCUGACCUGGGAGAAGAACAUGUGUUGUUUAAUCGGAAUGGUCACUUUGAUCCAGCCAACCAGCAUCCAUCUUUUAAGAACCGGGUGGAUCUGCAGGACAGACAGACGAAGAAUAGAAACAUGUCUUUGAUUCUGAAGGAUGUGACGAUUAAUGAUGCUGGAAUAUACGAGUGUGGUGUCUACAUGGCAGAAAGACAGUCACUGAAGCUCAGCAUCAUCCACCUGAUUGUUGAUCCUCCAGGUCCAUCAGGAGGAAUUAUUGGACUGAUAGUUGUUAUUCUCCUUCUUCUUGUCGGUGUUGUUUUUUUGAUCUACAGAAAACAUAAAGUGUCCCGAUAUUCAUACGAGGUUCCUACUGAGAAUAAUGAGGCUCCUCAGUCUCCACAGCAGGACUGUGUCAGAGGACAGACAGAAGUGAACUAUCCUGAGCCUCCAGCAGACGAACAUUAAACAUCCAGAAUUAGAUGUUAUUUCUCUGAUUUUCAGCAUGUUUAUGAUCAUAAAGUGGGAGUGGAUUCCCACAGACUUUAUGUGUCAGUGUUGCUGUGGGAGUUUCACCUGUGAUACAGAGGAGCUUGUUUCUAUGGAGCCAGCUGCAAGGAGAAGGAUCUCCCCUGGAUGCCAACACUGAGCUGAUCUCUCCCAGUAAAAUAUUACAAAUAACAUAAAAUGUGUCGGUGCUGUAAUAUUCAACUUGUUUGUUUUUUCAUUCCAAGGUGAACUGUUUGUUGUGUGUCAAGCAACUGUUGUACAACAACAUCUCAUUUGUGGUUAUCAUCUAUGCAGAGGUGCAUAUAUCCAAACCUUCACAGGCUUGCUGUGGGAUACUCGUGCAGCCCUGCCUCCUCAGUCUCAUGUGACAAGCUGGAGAGGUUAUUACUGUGGCACUAUGAUGUAGAUGAAUACAUGAAAA